AGCUCCAAAGACCACAAAGUUCCAUUCUUUUUCUACCUUGUGAAAGAAACGAGAAACGAAACUCACCGACAACACAUUAACGCGGCCGAGUGAGGCUUCCCUCCUCCUUCAAAUUUACCGCACGGGAACGAACUCGUCGCGAGCAGAGAACGAAGGAGACAAAGUUCUUGUAAGUUGCAACUGGGAAGCAGUGGUUGUGCGGGGUCGGUUCAUAAUUGCAGUCUUGUUUUUUUUGAACCGGAAGACGUACGACGAGCAGUGAUUUUUCUGCCCUCUUCCGCGUUUCAUUCACUUGUUUAUUUUUGUGAUGUUAUGAUGAGGACUGGCAUGGUUUGUUGAUGUCGGUUGGAGAUUAGAAUAUAGGAGACUUCAGCUAUUUAAUGAACAGUGUCAGUGGAAGUUGUUGUUGUUCUUGUAGUCAAGGCUCCAUUUGUUUUUCCUUUUUCCAAAUCAUCGUCUCCUACCUUUCACCUGCAAUUCAGAGAGAGAGAGAGAGAGAGAGAGGUGGAAAGACAAGGAAAGCUCAACGCCCACCUUGAAAAGAAGGGGUCUUGGCUUGUGCCCAUUUUUGCGUCGUGGAGAAUUUUUCAUCUUUGGGGGUCUUCUGGGAUCUGAAUCUGGGUCAACACGGCGGGUUGACUCGGGGAUCGAAAGGGUUAUCGCCCGUGUUGUUAGCGGUUGAUUCGGCGUGAAGGAGGGAGGGACGGGGAGAGAGAGAGAGAGAGAGAGGGGGGGAGGGAGAGUGAGGGGGAGCAAUGUCUUGGAAGAGCAGAGGAACAGAGUCUUCAAAGAGCUGGGUCUCUAAGAAAUGGACUCUUUUGCUCUGUAUCGGUUGCUUUUGUGGUGGGAUGCUCUUCUCCGACAGGAUGGAGACAGAACCGGAAGCUAAAGAUAUUCUAAGAACAAUGAAUGAAGAUGGAAAUCUAAAGAUUGUUUCCGAAGGCUGUACUCCAAAACUAGACGGAAAGCAUGAAUCGACGGACAUUCUGGGCGAAGUAUCAAGGACGCAUCAUGCUAUCCAAACUCUCGAUAAAACAAUCUCAAACUUGGAAAUGGAAUUGGCAGCUGCAAGAGCUGCACAGGAAUCAAUACUUAAUGGUUCUCCUAUCUCGGAUGACCUAAAAAUCAGAGAACCAAUUACGAAAAGAAAAUAUCUAAUGGUUGUGGGCAUUAAUACUGCUUUUAGUAGCCGAAAGAGAAGAGACUCUGUUCGCAGUACCUGGAUGCCUCAAGGUGACAAGAGGAAGAAGCUUGAAGAAGAGAAGGGCAUCAUAAUGCGCUUUGUGAUAGGACACAGUGCUACAUCUGGCGGUAUUCUCGAUAGAGCGAUUGAAGCGGAAGAUAAAAGGCAUGGUGACUUUUUGAGGCUGGAACAUGUCGAGGGUUACCUUGAACUGUCUGCCAAAACAAAGACAUACUUUGCAACUGCAGUUGCAUUGUGGGAUGCAGAUUUUUAUGUCAAAGUGGAUGAUGAUGUGCAUGUAAAUAUAGCCACACUUGGAACAACUUUGGGGAGGCACAGAUUGAAGUCUAGGGUGUAUAUUGGCUGCAUGAAAUCUGGUCCAGUCCUUGCUCAGAAGGGUGUGAGGUACCACGAACCAGAGCAUUGGAAAUUUGGUGAAGAGGGAAACAGAUACUUCCGUCAUGCUACGGGCCAACUAUAUGCUAUUUCAAAAGAUCUCGCCACCUACAUAUCAAUAAAUCAGCAUGUGUUGCACAAGUACGCUAAUGAAGACGUGUCACUUGGAUCGUGGUUUAUCGGAUUGGAUGUGGAGCAUAUUGAUGACCGCCGACUUUGUUGCGGUACUCCGCCUGAUUGCGAAUGGAAGGCUCAGGCCGGUAACAUCUGCGUCGCAUCGUUCGAUUGGAGCUGCAGCGGCGUAUGCAAGUCAGUCGAGAGAAUGAAAGAAGUUCAUCGGAGAUGUGGGGAAGGCGAGAAUGUGUUGUGGAGCACAGCUUUCUAAAGACACGAUGACGUUCCCUCCCAUCUCAGGAGGAAAACUGGAGCUUUUUCCAUGAAAUUUGGAUAUAGAGGAAUUGAUAAGUAUGUAAAAUGUAAAUGCAAAAACUGGGAGUCAGCAUAUUAUUUUCCACGUUGACGAGGAUGAAGGCGGAUCUUCGGCCGGGGAUAUCGGUCUUGCCAUGGGGGAUUCUGCUCCAACGGAAGGGAGGGAGACCCAUUAAUGAAUGCGAGGCAAGACACUGUAACCAAGCAUUCUUUCAUUGAACUGUGGUGUUGUUUUGCAUGUGAUGCCAUGGGUAAUGAAACUCCACAAUAAGUGAAAAUGUUAGGCUUAGCACUUUUCUGCUCUGUAAAUGUAAAUUUGGAUGUCUGAGUUUUGAGAAUUCUGGUGGAGUUUUAUCUCCUAGAUUUGAGAAUUGUAUCUUUCAUCUUGUCUCUCUAA